GUGGGCUUAGAUUUUUUAUAGUAUCCAAAAUGGCAGCCAGUCUGGGCUGGCGUAGUUUAUCUUUAAUACCAUUUCACUAUACUAAUAAUUUGUGUGCAAACUAAGAACUUAAUAUGGAUGUAAGCAGUGAAAGAUCAUCUGGUCGGAAUGACUUUUUCGUCGGCGGGAAGUAUCGAUUAUUGCGGAAAAUUGGUAGUGGGUCGUUCGGUGAUAUUUACUUAGGAAUCAACAUAACAAAUGGCGAGGAAGUCGCUGUUAAAUUGGAGCCAGUCGAUGCUCGCCACCCUCAACUUCUAUACGAAAGUAAACUCUAUAAAAUCUUGCAAGGAGGUGUCGGCAUUCCUCAUGCUCGUUGGUGUAGCCAGGAUAGAGAUUAUUAUAUCCUUGUUAUGGAUUUAUUAGGGCCGAGCCUUGAAGAUUUGUUCAACUUCUGUUCAAGGCGAUUUACCAUGAAAACUGUUUUAAUGAUUGCGGACCAGAUGAUAGGGCGUGUCGAAUAUGUUCAUAACAAAAAUUUUAUUCACCGAGAUAUUAAGCCUGACAAUUUCUUGAUGGGAAUCGGACGUCACUGUAAUAAGGUAUUUAUGAUAGAUUUUGGUUUGGCUAAAAAAUAUCGCGACGGUAAGACACGCGUACAUAUUGAAUAUCGUGAAGAUAAAAAUUUGACCGGAACUGCUCGUUAUGCUAGCAUUAAUGCUCACUUGGGAAUCGAACAGAGUCGUAGGGACGAUAUGGAAUCCCUUGGCUAUGUGUUGAUGUAUUUCAAUCGUGGUAGCCUUCCUUGGCAAGGUCUGAAAGCAGCGACCAAAAAACAGAAGUAUGAGAAGAUAAGCGAGAGGAAAAUGUCUACUCCUGUAGAAGCCCUGUGUAAAGGUUUUCCAGCAGAAUUCGCUAUGUAUUUGAAUUAUUGCCGUGGAUUGCGUUUUACCGAAGCUCCCGAUUAUAUGUACCUCAGGCAGCUUUUCCGCAUACUAUUUCGUACUCUCAAUUAUCAGUACGAUUAUACAUUUGACUGGACAAUGUUGAAACAAAAAGCUACAAGCAACGUACAACCACCACAAACUUCAAUUUCGAAUGUUCGUUAGAAUAGCUUGCAAUAACUUUUUGAAGAAAGCUUCGAACAAUGUCUUGAUAUGAAAAAAAAGCACCAAUUUUUUUUUUAAUACCAGUCUCGUGUGUCAUACUAAAGUCAUUGGAGUAAAAAUUUGCUUACCCAUUGUGAAAGUUUAACCAAAGACUGGUUAAACAGUCCUUGUAUAUAUGAAAAAGAAAAACUACAAAUUGGGAGGAAUGUAUUUUGGAUAUAAAAAGAAAAGAAAAUCCUGUUUGAAGUCCUAACAGAAUUGGUUAAAUAUAAAUACCAUCUUAUCCGUCUGUUUCUUUUUACAUGUACGCAUACAUUCUUACUUUCUCUCCCACCCACUCAUCCUCUGGUAAAUAUUUUUAAACAGACAGUCCGAGUGCUUUGAUGUCCAAAGGAAUUAACGUGAUGAUUCACAAUUGUUAUAAAACGAUGACUGUAAUAAAAUUUGGUGAGAAACCUGGCUAGAUUUUGUUUAUGCAGUAUCGGCAUCAAACCAAAACUGUCUGAACUUCUGAUAUACGAGUGAGUGGUUGUUGGAAUUUUUAAUUAAGCAACCUCUUCCACAGGUAUAAAAUGGAAAUAAAAUAUUGCCUUGGAGAAUAAGAGAAAUUAUUGCAUUCUUCAUGUAGAAAACCGAAACUGAAAUCUCAAAAUGGUUUUCACUUGUUUGUUUGAUGCUUAUGUUAAUGUCGAGUAAUCGGCUGGUGGGGGAUGAAACUGGUUUAUUAAAUUUGGAAAAUAUGUGGAGUUUACUAUGAGGAUGAUGGACUGCAGUGGACUUACCCUUCGGAUUUAAAUAUUUACCAAACACACAUACACCACUAUAUAUAUAUAUAUAUAUAUAUAUAUAUAUAUAUAUAUAUAUAUAUAUAUAUAUAUAUAUAAUGUCAGUCUGUGGAAUAAUAUAAAUUAGAAGUUAGUUAUGAAAGUUGCUUUGAUUUUGAAACAGCUUUUGGAGAGAUAUCUUGAAGUUUUCGUACUUCAUUCAUUAUCAUUUUUUCUUUCUCCUCUCUCCUCUUUAUUUUCUUAUCUCAGCUUAAUAUUUUUCAAAACAAAAAAAAAGUUUAAAUAUAGGGGAAAAAAAUGUUAACUGCCUCCAUUUAAUGUAUAACCUGAUUUUUCUGUGUAAUGUUUUAUUUAUGUUCCUCUACUUGCAUCAUUUCAUAGAUAUUUUUUGUGAUGCCCUGAACAAUCUUCAGCUUGAAGUGAAAUGUUAAUUGUAGGUGACAAAAAUCUUGAUUAAAUUUUUCUUUCUCUUUAUUUUGAUCGUUUUAUAAUUCUGUUCCAUAUUUUGGUGUUUAUGUUUUAUGUACACAAGCCUACUCUCACACACACACACACAAAACACUAAAUCUGUGAUGGACACAAAUUUAAUUGAUAGUUAUUAUUGAAACUAAUCUUUCUAGUUUAAUGUUAUGUUUCCUAAUAUUUUAUUCCAAUUUUGAUAUCGUAUAAAAUAUGGUGUUUAUGUUUAACUUGUGUUGUUGGGUGUGGCUAGUUUGUUUUUGCUCUCUCACAUUCAACUUCAUGUUGACAUGAAAAUCCCAUACUGCAACUAUACAACCAGUAUAGUUGUCUACUAGUUUAGUAAUUGUUACUCACACAAUCAUUAAAAAAUAUCUUCGUUAGUGCUAGUUCCGUUUAGGUUAUAAUUAGAGAAUAUUAUGUAAUGCCAAGCUGAAAUAGCUCGGGAAUAUUUUCCUAAUGUCUCUUAUAGACGAAUUCGUAUUAACGGCCGUAAACUCAAACGAGUAACAAUUCAUACGAAACACAAAUGUCGUUAAAUUUACUGAGGUACCAAGCAAUUUUUGUAAUAUAUUUAUAUAUAUUAAGCGAUAAUUUUAAGUGUAAAAUAUAUAUUUAACAAAGAUAGGAUUGUACGAUCCAAUAUAAAAAUUAACUCCUCUAGAUUGUUCUUGUAUAACAACGAAACAAUGUACCAUGAUAGCCCAUAACUGUUGCAUUUUCCUCAUGAAAAGUCAUUAACAAGGUUUACGUUAAUUAAACAUGAAUUACUAAAUCGACUACCUGUUUGUUAUAUAUGUUAAUGAAAUUAAACAAAAAUCGUGAAGCAUAACUUGCGCAACACAUCGUUCGUGUUUGUUUGUUUUUUUUUUAUUCUGUCGCAUAAACACAGUAAAAGGAGCUCGAGCAAAUAGACAAAAGUUUAGGAUUAUGCAUGAUACCCAGAUGCUCUUUUUGAAAGUUACAGGCAACAUUUGUUUCGUCAUCUACGCAAGAAAAAUCGAAUGGAAUCAGUACAUUAGUAUAUUGGGUCAGAUAAUGCUUUCCUUGUAAAUUAAUUGUAUAUUUUUAAGGAAUUAUAUACUUUACACAUAAUAAACAUGUUUAGUUAUGCAUAUUGGAAGCAUUUUUUUUUUUAAGGAAAAUUAAAUGACAUUCGUAUCUGUAUUGUCAUUUCUGUUUGUAUUAAGGCUAUUAUAAUACGACGGAUUACCGUUAAUAUGAAAGUUUGUCCAUAUGACAUUCGGAAAAUGUUUUGUUUUCUGUGAAGAAAACGGGUUUUAUGAUAACUAAGAAUAUAGUAAAAUAUUUAGUUUUUUCUGCUGUUUAAAUUUUUUUAUGAAAUGUAUAUUUAUCAAUUGACUUAUGUAUUGAUAAGAAAAUUAUUAGCUUUCUCAAACGUAAUUUACUUGAUUAUAACACUUGCAGGAUACUUACUAAACAUGCCGUUUUAAAAAGUAAAUUCCCAUUUAGCCUUUCUUUGAGGGUCAUAUUACUCAAAAUUGAUCUAGAGAGAACUUAAAUUUCUGUGAUUAAGUAGGAACUGGACCAAUCACUUCUUAAUUUUACCUUUACUCUGAAACACAUCUUAUGAGUGCCUGAAUAUUAGCUGUAUUUCUGUGUGCUGAAUACUCAAGAUUGACUAGUCUUCAUUCUGUGUAAUUUUAUUCACACUGUAUUUUGCUCAGUAUAUUCACUUCAUGUCGUCACCUGCCAUACAUAAUCUUAUAUACUUGAGCCAGGAUUGAACUCGAAACCAUUGGCUUUCAUUGGCCCUCUGUUCUCUACAAUGUUACUGUCCCAAGUCUUAUUGUUUCUGUAAUAACCAUGAAACUGUAAUCAAAAUUGUGUAAGUUACAUUUAAGUUGCAUUGAUGGUAAACGUUCUUGAUAAAUUUAUUAUUUUCGUUAUUGAAAAAUAAAUACCUGAGCAAGAUUAUGUAGAUGUUAGGUCUCUCUUCAGCUAAUUGUUCUCCAAACUUUUUUUUUUAAGCUGUUAUCUCAAAAUCUAUGUUGGUAAAUAUUAAAUGUAUUAACCUAUAAUGCUAUAAGAUACCUAAGUGUUGCAAACUUCAAAGAAUAAA